AUGCCUACUGGAUAUCAACCACCGAAAUUCCAACAGUUCGAUGGUAAAGGCAGCCCGAAACAUCACAUAGCUCACUUCAUUGAGACUUGCAACGAUGCUGGAACAUAUGGAGAUCGUCUGGUGAAGCAGUUUGUUCGAUCACUGAAGGGAAAUGCAUUUGAGUGGUACACCGACCUGGAGGCGAAUUCUAUUGAUAGCUGGGAGCAACUAGAGCAAGAGUUUCUCAAUCGCUUCUACAGCACACGAAGGACGGUCAGCAUGAUUGAGCUCACCCAUACAAAGCAGUGGGAUGAAGAGCCUGUUAUUGACUACAUCAACCGAUGGAGAAAUCUAAGCCUCAAUUGCAAGGAUCGACUGUCUGAAGCUUCAGCUAUUGAAAUGUGCACUCAAGGGAUGCAUUGGGGUCUUCAAUACAUUUUGCAAGGGAUUCAACCGAGGUCGUUUGAAGAGUUGGCCACUCGCGCACAUGAUAUGGAGUUCAGCAUUAAUGCAAGCGGGGUCAAGAAUCCACCUGUCCAUGAGCAUCAAAGAUUCAAGGACCGAAAUGAAGCCAAGAAAGGGGGCAAGUUCACCACUAGAGCACCUAAUAAAGAGGUCAAGGAAGCAAUGGCGGUCAAUGCAAGACCCAUCAAACUCAAGGGAAACACAAGCGAAAAAGCUGUGGAAGAGAAAGAAGUCCCUCAAGACAGGGGGCAAAGAAAGUUAACCUUGAAGAAGAUGCAAGCCAAACAAUAUCCUUUUCUUGACUCUGAUGUUUGUGGAAUUUUUGACGACUUGAUUCAGGAACAACUUAUCGAACUGCCGGAGAUGAAACGACCUGAAGAAGCAGAACAAGUUGACAACCCAAAAUACUGCAAGUAUCAUCGUCUGGUGAGUCACUCCAUCGAAGAUUGCUUUGUCUUCAAAGAUAGAGUUAUGCAGCUGGCGCGACAAGGCAAGAUAUCACUUGAAGAAGACAAAGGGUCUGCGAAUUUUGCUUCAAUUGUGACCUGCGAGGAAGGAUAUGAAAGUUUCGCUUGUCAUUUGACGAGCGAGCAAGAAGAUGUCCCAAAUCAUGAGGAGUCGACUGAUGACAAAGAACGAUGCGACCCUCAAGACAAUGAUGUAGCAGUCACUUUUACAGAUGAAGACUUGAUGUUGGGCUCAAAACCCCAUAAUAGUCCUUUAUUCGUAACUGGUUACACUCGCGAGAAAAAG